AUGGAUACCGGCAGACUGAGUACCCAUCAAAAUGCCGGCAUGACAGUCAAGACGACCCCUGUUGGUGACGUCACGACCCAACAGCUGCACCGAAGUCGACGCUACUUUUCGCAAGAGCACUUUAUUGCCUUGUUCCUCUAUUACUUUAUUGCCUUGUUCCUCUCGGAAAACCGUUGUGCUCGCUCUUUUCCCCUCUCCGCUGACAUCAUUGACCUUGCUGACAACACUGACCAUAUUGCUGAAAAUAUCAACCCUGAAGUGAAACCUGAUAUCAAUAAUUCUACCACCUCUGCUGAUCUAUGUGCUUCUGCUGACAACACUUUUGCUGACAACAAUACGUCUGCUGCCCUACCUGUUCCUGACACAACAACCACGCCAGCUGACACAACUGAUCCUGUGAUCAUCAUUCAUCAACCCUCAACAACCCCAAAACCUGGCCUGAUACAAAAACUGAAGGAUGUGGCCCAAGAAGUCACCCAUGAAUUUGAUUCCCACGACUUGGUCCUGCGGCUAAAUGCAGCACCAGUGAAAAACAUGGAGGCAGAUGUCGGAAGACGGACAACCAUGAGAUUACUCAAUAAUUUCGAACUGUUCGUCCUCAACAAGAGUCGCGGGAAAUUGCGCGGGACACCUGCGUUCCAGGGCACCGAAGUUUUGCUGGGCUGGGACACCUGCAACGACAGACGACCCUUCUACACAUGCUUGGUUAACAGGGACAGCGAAGACAUAAGGAAAGACGAGCAGGAUUCUCUCCAGCCCUACUUUGCUUGGAAGAAGCGUAACAAGAACAAGGAGUUAUACUACUUGGAUCCCAAUUGGAUCUGGGAAUUGGGCGAAAUGCUGCAAGAACUGAGCGCAUUUCCGAUUGAAAUCUCAACACCGUCUUCGGGAUUCAUAGGUUUCAUUUUCCUCCUUCAUCGGUGUCACGAAGUGCACCUAUACGAAAUGAUUCCCACGUUGAGAGGAAAGGAGCCACGCAAAUGCCACUACUACAAGUUCUUGCAACGCGAAAAGCCAGUUCCAGACACGAACUGCACAUUCUUGAUCGGACACCCUCGAGACGCCGAAAUCAGCACAUUUAUGAAGCUGAAUACUGCUUCGGACUACGAAACUUUCGUUGUUGGCCACGCUGUCGUUCCCGGAGUCAUCAGACUCGAAUGCCCACAGUCUGAACAAUCGUAAUCAGCAAAUAAAAAUCCUCAACAAAUUUUUGCAAAAGCUACGUGAAUUAAAUAGUGAUGUUCAUGUUCCAGUACGUGUACGACCGCAAUUGCUUCAUUAGGAUGAACAAUCCUUCAGUAUUCGAUUGUCUGAAUUGAUGGACGAAACCGUUUUUAGGAUCUGAAUGACGGACAUAUAGUCACUCAUUGAGGUUAAUGAACUAUCCUGCAGACAAUACAUUACCGUGAAUAAAAUAUUACAGCAUAAGAUACGAGUAGCUCGACAACUCAAGACAAUCAAGGCUACGAAUUAAGUCGAGUUUCAAGCGAAUUCGUGGUCCUCAGUACAACUGUCAAUUUGUCACAUGAAAAAGGAGCGUUAAAUGACAUCUCAGUAAUUUCUUUUAAUUACUGUACGGAAUCCGAGUAUCUCGGCUGACGAAAAAUUAUUAAACAGAAAAUAUAUCGACGAAAAUAGUCCUGAUGAUGAACUGACGCGAUGAUUUACUGAGUUCCAACUUUCCAGAAAGCCUAGAAAUGCAUCGAUCAAAAACGCCGCUCAGGAGAAAAUACAGCAACAUGAAGCAAGGUGAAUAAUUUCUUUCCAAGAAUUGCAACAACUUAAAAAGCUGGAAGGUGAUCACGAUAAAAAAAACAAUGAAUGCUACCG